CCCAGGCUGGUUGUUUGUAUGGCAGAUGCGGAUACGGACAGACCAACUCCUGUUAAUGGGGCUUUAGCUGAGCGAUAUACGGUGUCACGUUAUCGAACAUAUCACCGCGCGUUACGCGAGACGCGGGAUCAAACACUUUUGUCUGAUUUGUGACUGUGAAAGAUUGUAGCUCAUCGACCGCUAUGGGUGGGCUGGGGAACGGCCGUCGUGUCGGACGAUCACCAUCUCUGAUGAUUGCAGCGCUCGUCGCCUGUAUUCUGGUUCUUGGCUUCAACUACUGGGUGUCCAGCUCCCGUAACCUGGAGCUACAGACCAAACUGUAUGAGUUGGAAGGCCAAGUGAGACGUGGCUCGGCGGAGCGAGUGGCAGCGGAGCUGAAGAGGACCGAGUUCGAGGACGAGCUCAGCAAACAGAAGGAGCAAAUCAUCCACAUUGAAAAUGUCUACCAAAGAAAGCUGGAAGACUCCGAGGACGCCUGCAACCAAGUCAAGGGCACGUUGCAGCAGAACAUCUCCUCCAGUACAACCACCAUCCAGCAACUCAAAGACCAGCUCAACCAGCUGAAUGACGACUUGGAGAGGUUUCAAAAUGAGCUGCAGAAUUGCCAAGAACACAUGGACAAUCUGAACAGCAGGCUGACUAAUGACAUCAACCAGUGUCACUCCCAGCUUCAGGCUCAGAAGGAACAGUGUGACCAGAGAGUGGCUGAAGCUAAACUAGAAGUUCAGAAGAACAUGGAGAGGAUCCUUCUUAAUCCUGCUGCUCAACAGAAAAAAGAAGCACUUCAACAGGAAAACACGGCUGAAAAGAAAGACGCCGAGCCAACCAAGAAUUUACCUGAUGGAGGGAAUUCGUCAGUCGUCGUGAUCAACACGCCAGCUCCGUUGGACCAGAAAGCAAAUACAGCGGCUGCAGUACCGAGUAACGACAAUAAAGAUGCCUCAGAGGACCUGGGUCCAGUGAAGGAUCUGGAUAAAGCCGAGGUUAAGACCGUCGCUGCCAAGGCCGUCGCUGCCAAGGCCGUCGCUGCCAAGGCCGUCGAGCAGGACGGUUUGCAGCCUCAAGAGGGCGCCCCCGAAACAGAAGAGACGGAGACAGAGGGCGGGGAACUGGAGGACAAUAAUCUACCUGGGAAUAAAGAGAUGGAGAUGAUCGACGGCCGGGCUGAGGAGGAUGCCGACACAGAAGAGGACGACCCGGGAAUGGAAGGCCUGAUGAUUCAAGGGAAGGCAGUUGAGACUGAAGGUGAUGGCAAGGUUGAGGAACCGGAGGAGUAUGAUGCCGAUGAGUCUGUCGUGGGCGGAGCGGACCUGGAGAAGCAACAGCAGCAGAUUAAUGAUGCUGAAAAAGCAGAAAAAGAAAUGGAGGCGGAGGCGGCCGACUACAACGGGGACGAGGAGAACGAAGGAGAGUUUGAAGCAGACAAACAAGCUCAGCUUGCUGAAAUCUGAGGGCUGAUCAUCUACACCACCUUAGAAAACUGGACAUUGCAGCACAUCAAACAGGUUAAUGCAGCCUGGAAUAGACAUUGCGCCCAGGACGAAGCACGCUUGAGGUUUUUCCCUGAAAGAUGAACUGGGUGGGUCAUUUCAGCUCAUGCGUUUACUUCCUGGAAAAGUGCUGUUCUUGUUCUCUUCGUUGUAAUGGGUAUUUUGUUUUAUUUGUUAAGUGCUGGUUGGGAAUGGACGUUUUAGGUUAAAAACCUCUGGGAAUCGGUACAACUUCAUGUUCGGUUAAUGUUGGAAAAAAAAUCUGAAUUGCAUGCAGACACGAACGGAAAGCAGCCAGGUGUGAAAUACUGUGAAAGCCCCAGACGGGGUGGGGGUGGGGGGGUGGGGGGGGGGGGGGGGGGUGGGGGGGGGGGCUCCUCUGUCUCUGACAUCCAACAGCGUCUUCAAUAAAAGCCUUAUUUUUCUCCUCAAUCAAAAAAAAAAAAAAAAAUCCUUACAGGAUUAGUUUUGACUUUAGGUUCAGGAGCUGUUGAAUGUUGGACGCUGGAGGUUUUAUUUCCAUGACUCCAGACAAUAAGUGAAUGUGAUGUGGUCAUCGUUAAACUCCUGAUAUGUUUGGUUUGUUUUGUUAAUUAUCAAGUUCACAAUGCCAUGAAUGCUGUAAAAAAAAAAAAGAGGCUGUUUUGAAGGUUAUAGCUUCUAACUUCUGGAAAACCCAUAAAUAGAACAGAAAAUACUUUAUUGAUCCCAGAGGGAAAUUCUUUAAAUUAUUUCCAUUUCCAUGACAUGCUGAACUGUCAGGAUUUGAACAUGUUGUAUAUUAUGUCUGUAGCUGGCCUUUUUGUUCAGAGUGUUAGUAUUUCUGAACUGUCAGUUCACGAAGAAGCAGAAAGUUAAACAUAGGCUUUCUUUCUCUUUUUUUGGGGGGGGGUUAAAGAAAAAACAGUUUAAAUGAUGAUAAAAGCCAUCUGUAGGAAGACUUUGCUAAUAUUUGUGCGCCAUGGGAUUUGACAGAUGUGUGAGCUGGAGCUUAUUGGUCGGGCUGGACAGAUGAUCUCCACACACUCAGUCGCUCAUGAGCUGGUAGAUGUAACAGCCAUAUUUCCAAUGUGUCAGUAGUUCAUUACUGCUUUAUGUUGCAGGUUGAAGUUUAAAACCCAACGGAAGUGCUUUUACUGUAUUAAUGCUCUUGUUUACCUUGCUGGUUUCGAAAAGAUCUGAAGGAGAAGACUGGCACUUGAUCUCCGAAACGCGUGUAUUUGGUCCGCUGAGUCCAGCUGUUGCACUCGGCCAGAUGUGGCAAGACUGUGAAGUUUCACAUGGGGCCACUAACGUAAAUGUGCAGCUGAAAAAAAAACCCAAAAAACCAAACGUUCUUCUUUUUUUUUUUAACCUUUAUUGAAGACGCACAUGUUGAGCACAUGAAUCUUUUGUGAUGCACAUUUUUAAAGCACACGGAAAUUAACUGGAAGAAGACGGGAGUACAAAACGACGCUGCCGGGUGUCUUCAGUCUUCCAAUGAAUAACUCGCUCCUCUCUUUUAAAAUCUUAAUUAAGCACACUGGUGUCGUUAAAAUCUACGUGGGUUUUUACAAAGCGCAUUCCCAAUUGUUGAAUCUCUUCAAUCUCUCAUCAAGUGAAAAUAUUUUGACCUACAGAAAGUGGGCAGAAGGAUAACCCAACCAGAAUCAAGGAAACUCACUUUCUUAUUUAUGUGGAUUUUUUUUUAACUGGUUUUGUACAAUUUAUAUGAAAGUAAAUGUGCAAAUUCUGAAUAGAAGUCAAGUGUAAGGUGGAUAAAGUUAUGAGGAAAAACAAAAACAAUGAAUGGUAUUUCUAAAGCCUGACAGCACACCUGAAGGUGAACGCGUUCUCUCUGCCUUUUAGCCUCCGUUCUCAAACAUCCUGCAGGGGACGUCAUUCAGAGUUUUUUUUAUUUUCAGUGUCACACUAUUGCUGUUGUCAAAACCUGAAGAGCUUCUGAUUGUUUGCCUGAUUGUGACGCAGAAGUGUUUCAGAUAAACUGUUGUGAUUUUUGUUUUCUGAAUGGGAUUAACAUUAUUGUCGAUUUGUUUAAAUUUGUAUUUUGUUCUUGAACUGCUGGACUCAUCUGUGAAAGGUUUAAUCAUAGCUUUUAUUGUUGAUAGAGAAUAAAAGUGGUUUUAAUUAUGA